AUGGCGGCGGGUGAUGGGGACGUAAAGCUAGGCACCCUGGGGAGUGGCAGCGAGAGCAGCAGCGACGGCAGCGGCGGGAGCCCGGGCGGCGCGGGAGCGGCGGCGGAAGGGGGCGGCUGGGCGGCGGCGUCGUUGGCGCUCGUGGCGGGGGGCGGGGAGAUGCUCCUGAACGUGGCGCUGGUGGCGCUGGUGCUGCUGGGGGCCUACCGGCUGUGGGUACGCUGGGGGCGGCGCGGUCUGGGCUCGAGCACCGGAGCUGGCGAGGAGAGCCCGGCCGCCACGCUCCCGCGCAUGAAGAAGCGGGACUUCAGCUUGGAGCAGCUACGCCAGUACGACGGGGCACGCACGCCUCGCAUCCUGCUCGCGGUCAAUGGGAAAGUCUUCGACGUGACCAAAGGCAGCAAGUUCUACGGCCCGGCGGGCCCAUAUGGAAUAUUUGCUGGCAGAGAUGCUUCCAGGGGACUGGCAACAUUUUGCCUAGAUAAGGAUGCACUUAAAGAUGAAUAUGACGAUCUCUCAGAUUUGAAUGCAGUACAGAUGGAGAGUGUUCGAGAAUGGGAAAUGCAAUUUAAAGAAAAGUAUGAUUAUGUAGGCAGACUUCUCAAGCCAGGGGAAGAGCCUUCAGAAUACACAGAUGAAGAGGACACCAAGGAUCACAGCAAACAGGACUGAACUUUGUAAACAACCAAAGCCGGGGGCCUUCGGAACUGCAGCUCUUCCUCUCUUCACAGAAUGUCAGUGUCUCGGUCUGAUUUACCUGCUGCCGAAACAUUCAGCGCAGUGAACAAGAUCAGUGAGUCUCGUGAUGAAGAUGAGAGUGCCGGCAUUACUCAUGCUGCCAACUGAACUUGUGCAGUUACUGUAAUGUCUUCUGAGACUUCAUCCUGAAAAGGAGAUAGGAUGGCUUCUUAAAUAGCAAGAAAAGUCUCCUGGUUACAUUAGCGUCUCUCUUUCUUUCUCUCUCACACACACAUCUCUCUCUAUCUCCCUUUUACUCCUCCUCUGUCUCCUGCCUUUCUGUCCCUCUCCUCUCUCAUUCUCUGUUUCUCUUAUUUUUAAAGACGAAAGUGUAUCAAAGACAACCAGAUAUGUAUUUUGCUACUCAAGUAUACAGAUCAGAAGAACCAGAAAGGGAUUCCUAAUUCACAUGCUGUGUUUCCAUUUUAGUAUUGAGGAGGGAAGAAACCUGAGUAGGGCAAGUGGGAAGUUGCACAUUAAUUUGGGUAGUUCAGACUACUGAAACAUUAAAAUGUGAAUUCCCAAACUUUUCUUUUGGGGCUUUGUCAGGGAAAAGAAAAAACUUCAUAGAAAGCAUUGAAAAUUAAAAGGGAUUUCAAACAGAUUAAUGUCAAAGCUAUUCCCCAACUGAGGUCACUUAAAAUCAGUUUUCUUUCCUUCCCCUAGGUCAAAUCAAUAUUAAUUGUGCCUUAUUUCACUUCCAUAAGCUUGAAUUAUUUUUAGAAAAAUCCCCUGUAUGAAUUCAGAAGUCACUACAAGCAACAUUGAGACUGACAUGGGAUAGUCUCUUGACUGUAAAACAUUGAUGUCAUUCUGUGUAUGUAGAAUGUUUAAAGGAAUAUUCAGUGUUAACUGCCAUAUAUUAAAUAUACAGAAACUUAAUUAGCAUUAUAAUGGCCAAAUGUAUUCUCCCAUGCUUUUCUCUUUUUCCAAAAAAAGAAAAAGAAAAACAACAACCCCUCACCCCCCAAACAGCUGCCUAAUUUUAAGAAUCUGACCCUCUACAUGUCACUGGCAUGAGUUGUGGGGUCAUGGUGUGGAUGUCUGUGUGGGUGCGUCAGAUGUGUGUGAGAGUGCCUUGGAAGGGACUGUUUCUGCAGACACUGUAAAUACACGUACCAUUUUAAUAAAGCAUGUACAAUAAGACAGAGACGCUUGACUUGGACUUCAUAUGCAAAACUGAGCCAGUGCACUGCACAUUGUAAGGUUGCAUUUGAUUCAAGAUGAAGAGAAAAUCUUGGAAAUGAAAAGCAGGCACUGGUAACCAAGCUGUACACAUUGUACCACAUUCAGUGUAAGUUGAGGAAGAAAUUCCACUUUGGUGGAACAUUCUCGAUCUGAGAUCAUUCAGGUAAGAAUCUAGAGUGUACAUAUUUGUACUUAUAUUUUGAUGCCCACUGAUUAUACUAGAAGUGAUAGCUCUUCAAGCAAUAGUUGUUGAACACACCAACAGUCAAGGAUAUUGUACUAAGUUCUUCCACUAUUAGGUUAAAAAGUCCUCAAAGCCCUAUUUAUGUCAGUGGUUUGACUUCAUCAUGACUAGGUUCUUGGUCAGGGACAAUUUGUAUACACAAAACAUUCUAUGUAGGUCACCAGUUCAAGAUUUCUGCUUAGAUGCUGUAAAAUAUGCAGAGGUCGGCAAAGAAAGGGGAGCUUUCACUGCAGAGUAAGCUGAAGUUGUGCGGAAUACUAUAUUCUAUCCAACCCUGGAUUGUUCUGUAGAAAAUGCCCAUCCUCAGCCAAAUCUUGGCUAAAGAAUGAUUGUGAAGACUAAAGACAGUUGGCAAAUGCUUUGGGUGUUUUUGUGUAAAAUAUUUUCUAAACAAAAAAAGUUGUUAAAAGUAUGUGUCCUCCAUAGUAAACUGAUAUUUGGGCCUAAAGUUCAAUAAAUCUGCACGUGUGAAUAGAGAAACCUAAAGUAUUCGUGCAGUAAAAAUAAUGCAUUCUGUUAAGAAAAAAUAAGUAAUUUUGUGGUUUGGACUUGAAAUAAACUGUGUUCUAUAGAUAACUUCAA